AUGGCAACUCUCAACGCUCUCAAGAAAGCCCUCAAAAAGGUUAGCGAUGAAGCACCCCGAAAACCAUUGAACGACGAAGAGUACGACAAUGGUCUCAGCCUCUUUGCCCAGGCCUCCGGCGAGCAGACGUACCAGAAGACUUUCAUUAUUGCUCAACUGUCUGAAUUGAUAGCCCUCUUAGCACGAGAUGAGAUCUUAGUCUUGGAGAUUGGCCCAGGCCCGGAAAGUGUUCUAGGGCACCUGCCGGCCAUUCUGAGGAAGAGGAUCACGAAAUACGUCGCAUUGGAGCCCUCUUUUCAAUACACUCAAAGUCUCACAAGAUGGCUAUCUCCUAUGGAGGACGAGAGACCACUUCCCUCUUUGAAACAUUCACUCAUUCGCCCGGCACCCUUCACAACAGAGAGCUGCAAGGGUCAGAAUUACGAUGUCAUUUUCUUCUGCCAUAGCUUAUAUGGAAUGAAACGAAAGAAAAAGAUUAUCAGACAUACUCUCAAGAUGCUGCCAAAAGACCCACUUGGCGGUAUGGUCAUCAUCUUUCACCGCGGCGGUUCUCUCAUUCUCGACAAUCUGGUUGGUCACUGUUCGCUGGCCUUCCCCAACCGCGCUACAGCUAUCAAAGACGACGAUGAAGCCAUCGACAGUUUCGCUCGCUUCAUCGCUGGAUACCGUUUGACGAACGGAAAAUUAUAUGAGACCCGUCAGGCGUAG